AUGUUAAAAUUUACGGGACCUUUUGAAGAGGAUAAUGAAAAUGUACUCUCAAAAUUAUUUCAACGUGUAAAAAGUUCUUUUAAUGUUUCUGGUGGUGAUAAUUCAACAACAACUUGUGCACCUACGCAAGUUAUGACCAAAAACACCACCGAGACCAUAAACAACGCUACUCUUAAUAACAACAAAACUAGUAGUAGUAACGUAAUUUCCGCAAUUUCCACUAAUGCAAAUAACACAAUUAACAGAAACCAAGAAAAUGGCAAUAGUCCACCAACAAAACCUCCUUCACUUUUAUUGCCCGAUAAAGAAAACAAGGGUUUUGUUCAAGGUGCUACGCCUGCACCACCUGUCAUUUCUUUAGAAGCUGCAUUAUUUGAUAAUGCCCCUGCAUUUUUAUUAGAUUCAGAACUUAUGAUACAAGAUCAUUCAACCAAUUUAGAUGAUUCUAGCAGUUUAUUGUCCAACAAGUCUAGUACAUUAUUUGAUCAACAAGAUCAAGUCAGAUAUUUGAAUGAUGUAUCAGUAAGAUCACUUCAAACUAGCGCAUCACCAGUUAAUAAAAAAAAUUCUGUCAGUAAAGCUAUUCGCAGAAUACGUGGUGAGGGUGUCAAUAGAGAUUAUUGGAUGGCUGAUGAUACUUGUAAAGAAUGUUAUGAUUAUUCUGAUAUUGAAUCAGAUAUAAGACAAAGUGAUAAAAAUGAUUUCUCACUUAUGAUACCUCAAAGACAACUUCAAUCACCAACAAUGUUGUCAGAUAAUUAUAAUGUCAUUAAUCCCAAUAAUUCCCAAUCAGAAUUUUCUUACUCGUUGGCGACAUCUUCAACACCUAGUCUUGUGUAUCAAGAAACUCCAUCCCCUGAUACAAUUUCAAUCAAUGACGGCUUCAAAAAAAUGAUUGUGGCUGGUUCCUCAUUGUUUAUGACAAGAUCUAGAUCAAACACAACCCUAGAUGACAUUCCUGCACUCUUGCCAUCAUCCGCACCAUUUAGACAUAGUAUACCAGAAGAUAAAAUAACUCCUGCUGCAAAUCCUGAGGCUGUGUUGGAUCCUGACAUUGCUCCAUUCAUGAGUAGUGAUGAUGAGGAUAACGUUAAUUAUGAUUCGCUAACCAACCAAUCUUAUAUUUCUGCUAAUUCGAAUCUUAAUAAUGGUAAUAAUGAUCCUGCUAUUCUGUCAUCUACUGUUGAAGAAUAUGCUGGAAGCGACGAUGAAUAUUGCGAUUAUAACAGAUCGCAAGCGAAGAAUUUACAAAAACUUCAAAUUCACACAAAAGAUAAAAAUCCUCCUUUAAAUCAUAGAAGAAGUCUUUCUAUUACUCGUUCAACUCGUUCUUUGAAAAGAGGUGGUUUUCUACAAAUGGAUUCAAGGCCCUCAUCACCUCUUAACAUUCGCCAUAACAGAUCAGCCUCAAUCCCUGUAAAAAUUGAAAUAAAUCCUGUUUCUCUGCAACACAUGAGACGAUUUUUACGUCAGUUUCUUCAAGAAUUUCAGAUAGAUUUAUCUGAAGGAUGGGAAAAUGUUAUAAUGAAAUUAAUGAUGAAAGUGGCCGAUAAUUUAAAUCCAAAUGUUCGUGGUGGUGAUGAAAUUGAUAUUCGUCAUUACGUUAAAAUUAAAAAAAUUCCUGGAGGAGCACCUCAAGACUCGGAAUAUGUGCAUGGAGUUGUGUGUACAAAAAAUCUGGCACAUAAAAAUAUGGCACGUUCUCUUCUAAAUCCUCGGAUACUCAUAUUAACUUUUGCCUUGGAGUAUCAUAGGGUUGAAAAUCAAUUGAUGUCUUUAGAUCCUGUGAUUGCUCAAGAGGAAGAACACUUAAAAAAUCUAGUUGCUCGUAUUUCUGCAUUGGCACCUCAUUUAGUCUUGGUUGAAAAAACUGUUGCUAGAAAAGCUUUACAGUUUUUGUUGGAAAAAAAUAUAUCUGUUGCAUUAAAUGUCAAAUCAUCUAUUAUAGAAGCUGUUUCUCGUUGUUCAAGAGCAGACACUAUAUCAAUCGAAAAGUUAAACAUGGCGCCAAAAUUAGGGAAAUUUGGUUCAUUCUCUGUUAAAACUUUUGUUCAUCAACUUAUUCCAGGUAAAAGAAAAACCUAUUUAUAUUUUGAAAAUUGUCCAAGAGAACUAGGUUGCACAAUAGUGUUGCGAGGUGGUGAUAUAGAUACAUUGAGAAAGAUUAAGCAAAUCACCGAUCUUAUGGUUUUUGCGGUUUACAACCUUAAAUUGGAAGCAGCUUUGUUGUCAAAUCAAUUUGCAAGAUUAAAUUAUGAUCUAAGUUUAGCUGAUGGAAAAAAUGAUGAUGAUGACGACCAUGAAAGUAAAUACAUUGGCAUUUUAAAACAGACACAAAAUAUUUUAAGACCAUAUGAAACUAAAAUUUUUUCAGUAUCGCCAUUUAUCAAAUUUCCUCCUCCUUAUUUGCUUACAAAAAUGAUACAAGCUGAACGUAAAUUGGCAAGUUUAAACCAGAAACGUACUUCAGGAUGGCAAUCUAGUUCUUCGAAAGAUAAUGAGAAAUCACAUUCCUCACAACCAAGUAGUGGUAUUCUACGUACACAAGAACAAGUUUGUGCCGAAGGAGUAUUUAAAGAUGCGUAUCUUGAACAUCAAUGUCAGUCUGAAGCAUGGGAAAGUUAUAAAUUUAAUAAUGUUGCUAGUCCCUAUGCCCUUCAAAAUAUCACAAUACUAUUUACGAAAGUUUGUGAAGAAACUCAGAAACCAUGUAUAGGACCUGAAAUUUUGGUCAUGGAAUAUUACAGAGAAUCUGAUCGUACGCUUGGUCAAUAUAUUGAAGACUUGUUUACCAAAUAUGAUUAUAUUUGUCAAAAUUGUGAUAAGCCAAUGUUCCUACACCAUCAAAGUUUUUGUCAUGGAAAUGCCAGAAUCACUGUGCAUCUCAUGGAAUAUGAAAAUUUAGGACACCAUCAUGAUAGACACGAAAAUUGUAUUUUAACAUGGAGUUAUUGCAAAAAAUGCGAAAAAUCAACUCCAGAAAUUCCAAUGUCAGAAGAUGCAUGGAAGUACUCAUUUGGAAAGUAUCUUGAGUUAUCAUUUUAUCAAACAGAAUUAAAAAGUCGCAACGAAAAUUGUCAGCAUGAUGUAUUUAGAGAUCAUGAUAAAUGUUUUACAUUCAAAAAUUUAGUAAUAAAAUUUGAAUAUGAAGCUAUCAAGUUAAUGGAAGUAUAUUCACCACCACGUAUGCACCUAUAUUUUAAACCUGAAGCUCUCAUUCGGCUAAAGAAUCAGGAUUUAGAUACAGUCCGCAAUAAGAUUACAAGUUAUUGGGAUUCUGUAGCCGAUCGAAUCAAAAACUUCGAUUAUGAUCUUGUUCAACCAGAUAAAUUUGAACGUUGUAAACGAGAACUAUUAGAAAUGUCUAGAAGAGUUGUAACUGAAAAGAGAGACACGUUACAAAAACUUCAACAAACAUAUGUGAAUAGCUUGCCUGAGGAUAGAUUGGCAUUGAACAAAGUAAUAUAUCUGCUUCAGGAAAGAGUGACGGCUUGGGAUGAAGAUUUCGGCGAAAUUUCAAGACAAUACUUUCCUCGAUUGACUACAAGACAAUUAAAAAGGUUUUUUGAGGUCAAACAAUAUGUUGUGCCAUUGGAACGUGGUUAUCCUGGCUCGCUUUUGAAUGAUUUACCAUUGAUAAAUAUGGAUACAAAUGAUACUGAUAGAACGGACGAAGAAUUAUUGAAACCAAUAAUAUGUCCAAAAUUGAGCAGCUCUCCCACUAGUGAAUUUUUAUUGAACGAGACAAAGGAUAUUGAAUUGUAUCAUGAAGGUGAAAUUGAAAAUUUGGAAAAUGAUAUCGAAAAGGUCAAUUCACAAAGUUCAAUGUUCCCAUUCAUGGAUCCUAAAAUUUCAAGACGUUUAUCAAUGAAAUGGAUGAAAGAGUCUAAAGCUUCUCAACCAUCAAAAAAAUCAAAAAAUGCAUCUGAAUCAAUUUUCACAUCAAUAAUUGAUAAACAAGAGGAUUCACAACUUGAGGUUGAGUUCACGCAAGAGCCAGAAGUAAUCCCACAACUGGUCCCUUCAACAAUAAGAAGAAAAAAGAAACAAUCACAUAAUACCGCUUUCACUAUGUUUGAAAACACGAAAGAAAAUGUAAACGCACCUGUUUUUAAACCAAUUGAACCACUUAUACCAUCUACACCAUCAAUAUCAUCAUCACUUUUCCCUCCAACGCAAACUUCUUCAUUGCCUGUUCAAGUAAAUCAAACCUCGCUUCGUAACAACAAAGAAACCAAAAAGGUUCAAUAUGAUCGCCUUGCGCUAAAAAGGCCAGCACUAAAGAAAAAUCAAAAUUUACUACCUUCAGAAAAAUCAACAACUACACAAAGCAGCAGCAGAGCAUUACAUAAAUCUAGACCACUAAGACAAACUAUCCUAAAAUCAAAGCCUGUUAUUGAGAUAUUCCGUAAUGUUAAUGCGGCAACAGCAGAAGAGUCAGAUGAAGAGUUUGAGAAGGAAGGAGCAGACAAUAAUCGUGAAAAAUUUUUGGAGGACAGAUAUCGAAUUUUUUCAUUGAACACUACAGAUGCCUUUGAUGAAUUAUUGGGAAAUGAAGAAUAUUUUUCGAUUCCUACUCGUGAAGCAUCUGAUGAAUCAUACAUUUAUCAUUCAGCUUUGGCAUUUUUAGGUCCAGAAUUUAACGAACCUUCUACUCAAGCGUCAGAAGAUCAUCAGGACCUUAGUCACAACAAUCCUGGAGUAGUGAUGCCUUUGAUGAGAUCUCUCACAAACUUUUUAACCGAUAGGAAAACCUUUAAACCUUUAAAAUAUCCUCUAAAUCCAAACGAGCAUGUAUUUCCCGAUUCCUCAAUUAUUUUCAGAGAAGAUGAACCUGGGUCUAUUAUUGCAUUUGCUUUAAAUUCACAAGAAUAUGAAAAAAAAUUAAAAUCUAUGCAGUUAAUAAACCAAACUAGUGAAACAUUUAUAACAGAAGAUGAGAAAUUUGGUAGUAGAAGUUCAACUUGGGGACUUUUAAAUGUCGAUGAGAGUGCUAAUUUUGACGAUGGUUUAACUUCACAUAUGAAAUUUCAAUUUUCGGAUAGAUCUACAAAAUUUUUUUGUAAAAUAUUUUGUACAGAAGAAUUUCAUAAUUUACGUCGAGAUUGUGAUUGUGAAGACACAUAUAUACAAUCACUUGCACGAUGUGUUAAAUGGGACUCGUUAGGUGGUAAAUCAGGAUCUGCUUUCUUAAAGACGCGAGAUGAUCGAUUGAUUAUGAAACAAAUGUCUCGUAAUGAGAUGGAUGCUUUCUUGAAAUUUGCUCCAAAAUAUCUUGAAUACAUGUCAAAAACUAAUAAGUCAACUGUUUUAACAAAGAUAUUUGGGUUUUAUCGUAUUGGUUAUAAAAAUGAACACACAGGAAAAAGCAUGAAAAUUGAUGUUAUUGUUAUGGAAAACUUGUUUUACGAACGCAAAGUUUCAAGGAUUUUUGAUUUAAAAGGUUCAAUUAGAAAUCGACGUAUUCGAAUCAUUAAAAACGAAAAUCCAAUAUAUCUUCGAGAACAUGCUAAAAAUUCACUUCGUGAAUCACUUAAUAAUGAUACAACAUUUUUGGCAGAACAUAAUGUUAUGGACUAUUCACUAUUGGUUGGUUUUGAUGAUGAUAAACAGGAAUUGGUUGUUGGAAUAGUUGAUUUCAUAAGAACAUUUACAUGGGAUAAGCAAUUAGAAAGUUGGGUAAAAGAAGCAGGAUUUUUAGGUGGAGGUGGUAAAGAACCGACUAUUAUUUCGCCUAGACAAUAUGGAAAUAGGUUUAAAGAAGCAAUGGAAAAAUAUUUUCUUAUGGUGCCUGAUAGAUGGAUUGACUAUAGAACACUUGAAAAAUUUGAUACAAUUUUUUAA